AUGGGAGGGCUCGGGUGUGGGGCGGGCGGCGCCGGGCUUGCGGACGCGGGCGAGGAGGUAAACAGAGUCCCCAGCGUGUGCUGUGUGCUUGCUGUGCAGUGUGCGCGGCGGCGGCGCAUAGCUGACCGAGGAGCCCAGCUUCCUGCAGCCCGCCUUGAAGGAUGGCAGCUAUGAUGGAAGAUGCCAUCAUGGUGGCCAAAGGCCUUGCCAAACUGACCCAGGCAGCUGUGGAAACCCACCUGCAGAACUUGGGCCUUGGUGGGGAGCUCAUCAUGGCAGCCAGGGCCCUGCAGUCCUCAGCUAUGGAGCAGAUCAGCAUGGUCUUGGGGAAGGUGCAGGGUCAGGAUAAGCAUGAAGAGUCAUAUGCCACCGAGAACUUCGAUGACCUGCAAGCCGAGGUCCAGUUCUCAGCACCACAGGCAGCUGGAGCCUCCUCUGACGUCUCUGCAGCCUCUGACUUGGAUCAGGCGAUGCCUUCGCCCCUGGGUCAUGCCCAUAGUGAGGGGCCAGCUCCUGCCUAUGUUGCCAAUGGACCCUUCAGGGAAGCUGGGCUCCCGGGUCAGCCUACCUCCCCUAUGGGAAAAGCCAAUAGGUGGCUCUUUGCAGACCCCAGAGACUUGUUCCUGGUCAGUGGCAUCCAGCAAAGGUUCUUCCACCAGGACCAGUCCUCUGUAGGGGGCCUCACAGCUGAAGACAUUGAGAAGGCCCGUCAGGCCAAGGCUCGCCCUGAUACCAAGCCACACAAGCAGAUGCUCAGUGAGCGGGCUCGGGAGCGGAAGGUGCCAGUUACACGGAUUGGGCGGUUGGCCAACUUUGGAGGUCUUGCUGUAGGUUUGGGCUUUGGGGCACUGGCCGAGGUUGCCAAGAAAAGUCUACGCCCUGAGAGCUCCACAGGGAAGAAGGCUGUGCUGGAUUCCAGCCCCUUCCUGUCAGAGGCUAAUGCGGAACGCAUUGUGAGUACGCUGUGCAAGGUGCGUGGGGCGGCGCUGAAGCUGGGCCAGAUGCUGAGCAUCCAGGAUGAUGCCUUCAUCAAUCCCCACCUGGCCAAGAUCUUUGAGCGGGUGAGGCAGAGUGCUGACUUCAUGCCGCUGAAACAGAUGAUGAAAACCCUCAACACCGACCUGGGCCCCCACUGGAGAGACAAGCUGGAGUACUUUGAGGAGCGGCCCUUUGCAGCUGCUUCCAUUGGGCAGGUGCACUUGGCCCGUCUGAAGGGUGGCCGUGAGGUGGCCAUGAAGAUCCAGUACCCUGGAGUGGCCCAGAGCAUCAACAGUGAUGUCAACAACCUCAUGGCUGUGCUGAACAUGAGUAACAUGCUUCCAGAAGGCCUCUUCCCUGAGCACCUGAUUGAUGUGCUGAGGCGGGAGCUUGCCCUCGAGUGUGACUACCAGCGGGAGGCUACCUAUGCCAAGAAGUUUAGGGAGCUGCUGAAAGAUCACCCCUUCUUCUGUGUGCCUGAGAUUGUGGAUGAGCUCUGCAGUCCCCACGUGCUGACCACUGAGCUAGUGACAGGCUUCCCCCUGGAUCAGGCGGAAGGGCUGAGCCAGGAAGUCCGGAACGAGAUCUGCUACAACAUCCUGGUGCUGUGCCUGAGGGAGCUGUUCGAGUUCCAUGUCAUGCAGACUGACCCCAACUGGUCCAAUUUCUUUUAUGAUCCUCAGCAGCAUAAGGUGGCUCUCCUGGACUUUGGGGCAACUCGGGAAUAUGACAGAUCCUUUACUGACCUUUACAUUCAGAUCAUCCGGGCUGCUGCUGAUAGGGACAGGGAGGCAGUGCUGCAGAAAUCCAUAGAGAUGAAGUUCCUCACUGGCUACGAGGUCAAGGCCAUGGAGGAUGCACACCUGGAUGCCAUCCUCAUCUUAGGGGAAGCCUUUGCCUCAGAUGAGCCCUUUGAUUUUGGCACCCAGAGCACCACUGAGAAGAUCCAUAACCUGAUCCCUGUCAUGCUGAAGCACCGUCUCAUCCCACCACCGGAGGAAACCUACUCCCUGCACCGCAAGAUGGGUGGCUCCUUCCUCAUCUGCUCCAAGCUAAAGGCCCGCUUUCCCUGCAAGGCCAUGUUUGAGGAGGCCUACAGCAACUACUGCAGAACAAAGGCUGGGCUACAGUAGUCAGGGGCCAGGUGACCUGGGAGCUACACCUUCCUGCAGGCCCAGGCAAGCCUGGAGGGUGGCUGGUUGAGCAGGAGCCGGUGUGUACGGGGCGCUGGUUACCUUAAGAGUCAGCAGCCACAGGAGACCCCACUGUUGCCUCUGAACUGUGCAGACACAAAGGCACGCUUCUUUCGCCACCUCCUCCCUACCGCAGUGUUCACCAGGAAUGAGGAGCGAACGGAAAGAGAAGCCAGCAUGGCAGUGUCAGGGUCUAGUCAGCCGUGUAGAAUGGAGCUGUUUCUAGUGAGCUUUGUGUCCCUACCCCUGCCCUUCGUAGUCCCAGCUUGUGGCCUGUAGCCAGGAGAAUGUCUGAACAGUAGCCUGGUCCUGUGCAGACAGCCAUGCUGGCUGGGUCUCAGUGUGGACAGCACAGCCCCUUUGCAAGAGCAGCACUCCAGUGUGCUCCUAGAGAGGCAGUUACUACCCAGUCCCAGGGCAUCAGCACAGGCUCUGAAUGUAUUUACAUCUUAUAAUUAUCACAUUUACUUCCAUUCAAUAAGAAAAAAUAAAGUGCUUUAGAGACAGGCA